AUGUCUCCCAAAGUGCCCUCGGACAAAGGGAGAGGGGAGUACUCUGCAGUGCAAGUGGCUGUGAGAGUGCGCCCCCUUCUGCCCAAAGAGCUGCUUCGCUGCCACAAGAGCUGCAUCACUGUUGACUCUGAGUUCAGCCGCGUUACUCUGGGCCAUGAUCGGCAUUUUCAGUGGUUCAAUGCUACUGUCUUUGCCUAUGGACAGACAGGCUCAGGCAAGACGUACACUAUCGGAGAAGCUAAUAUUACUGCGUUUCGAGAUGAAGAGCAGGGCAUCAUACCUCGAGCGGUAGCAGAUGUUUUUAAACUUCUCGAUGAAAAUGAUCUGACCGACUUUUCAGUCCGUGUCUCCUAUCUGGAAGUAUAUAAAGAGGAGUUCAAGGACUUACUAGAGAUGGAAACAUCCAGCAAAGAUAUCCAGAUUCGGGAAGAUAAAGGAAACAUUGUUUUGUGUGGGGUGAAGGAGUGUGAAGUAGAAGGCCUAGAUGAGGUACUGAGCUUAUUGGAGUCGGGCAACACGGCCAGACACACCGGAGCAACUCAGAUGAACCCGAACUCUAGCCGAUCACACACCAUUUUCACUAUUUACAUGGAUCAAAGAACCUCUCGUCUGUAUGGCUCAGGGGCAGGCACUGGGCCGCAAAUGCUAUCAUCCAAGUUUCAUUUUGUCGAUCUGGCUGGGUCUGAGCGCAUCUUGAAAACGGGGAACACUGGGGAAAGGCUGAAAGAGAGCAUCCAGAUCAACAGCGGUCUACUAGCCUUAGGAAAUGUCAUUGGAGCACUGGGAGACCCCAAAAGGAGAGGCUCGCACAUACCUUAUAGAGAUUCAAAAAUAACAAGGAUUUUGAAAGAUUCUUUGGGAGGAAACUCCAAAACCCUGAUGAUUGCCUGCAUCAGCCCAUCUUCCUCAGACUUUGAUGAGAGUCUGAACACACUAAACUACGCUACACGGGCCCGAAACAUUCAGAACCGAGCUACAGUCAAUUGCAAACGUGAGCCGGAUCGAGUGCAGGGACUGGAGCAGCAGAUCAAGGCUCUUCGCAGAGCAUUGGAGAUUCGUCAGCGCUCAGAAACGCGUAUUAUUGCACACGCUGAGCCAAACCGGAGGCCUCGACUGGGCGAAGGAGAGAUCAGCCGAUUACAAGUGCAGAGUGCUCACUACCGGACGUGUACAGACACCGCCUACAGGUUGCUCAGGGAGCUGCAGAGUGAAGGAGCACUGACUGCAGAGCAGAGCCUGAGAGUGAAGGAGUGGUUGUGUUCAGUGGAGGAGGAGCGGAGUGGCCUGACCACUGCUUCUGGGCCAGACAGUGGCAUCGAGAACAGCUCCUCUGAGGACUGUGUGCUGAGGAGAGCACAGAAACAGAAUGGAGAGUUGACUGAAGAAAAGUGGAGCCAUGAACUUGAAAAAGGAGACAAUAUUUGUCAGCUUCAAGCACAAAUCCAGCGGCUUGAGGGAGAAAACACUGAUUUCUUGGCUGCUCUUGAAGAUGCAAUGGAGCAAUACAAACAACAGAGUGAUAAACUUCAAGAGCAACAGGAUAUCAUCACUGAGUUGCAGUUGAUGCUGUCUUCUUCAGCCGCGGUGGGAUUCAGCUUUAACCUGAAGUCACGACCACACACUGCUCCUUUGGCUUCUAUGAAUCAUCCACACAAUGGAGCGUUAGAUAGUCAGAUUUUCCCUGUUGAUGGUGAUGCUGAUCAAGAGGAAAAUGUUUAUGACACUGACGAUGAAAUAGAAAAUACGGAGGAAAAUGGACCUUUCUCCAGCGACAGCUGUGAACGACACAGACAUGUGAACCAAACAUGGACCAGAAAGGACAUACAAUCUGGACCAGCAUCUGGAGGGAAAGGGCUAAUGUCUGAAACGGACCUGCAUCCCUGCUUAAUGAGAAAAACAUCAAACUCAAGCUCAGGAGACGUAUCAGCACGUGAAAGCCUCAAAGGUUUUGAAGGUAUUUCAGAGUGGAGUCUUGUUCAGGCUCAACAGAAAAUCAGGGAACUAUCUGUCACUAUUCGUAUGAAAGAAGAACUUAUUAAAGAGCUUGUCAAAACAGGCCAAGAUGCUCAGGCCUUAAAUCGGCAAUAUUGCCACAAGAUUACAUCUCUAGAGAAUGAGGCAACUCAAGCUCGGCUCGAGCUGCAGGAGGCCCAGAGGCAGCUGCAGGAUCUGGAGCGACAAGAGCGAGAGAUCACAGCCACGGACAGGAACAAGGCUCAGGAGUGUCGCAGGAAGAUCGCUGCAGCUCAAAGCAAAGUCCAGGUGCUCAGUCAGCGUCAGCGCGACACUGCUCGUCUCGCUAAUUUGUCGGUGCAGAGUGAGCGUCGGGUUUUAGAACUGGAACGAAGUGUGCAGAAUAUGAGGCAGCAGCAGGAGCAGCUACAGAAGCGCCUUCGCCAUGAAAGCCAACAGAAGCGACGGCUCGAGACAGAAAUGCAACGUAGAACCCAUAGAGUAAAGGAAUUGGAAAUUAAAAAUGAGCAACAACAAAAGAUUUUGAGGAUUAAGACUGAAGAAAUAGCAGCAUUUCAACGGCAACGACGCAGCGGCAGUAAUGGCUCUGUGGUUUCUUUAGAGGAGCAGCAGAAAAUUGAGGAGCAAAAACGCUGGCUGGAUGAAGAAAUGGAGCGUGUUCUUGACCAAAGAAAAGGGUUAGAAGACCUGGAAGGAGAGCUCACAAAAAGAGAGGACAUUCUCGCCAAAAAGGAGGCCCUGCUGCAAGAGCGCAGCGACUUGGAGACAAAGAGACUUCGCUCGAGUCAGGCACUGAACAAGGAUCUUGCGACCUUGACGGGAAGAAUUGAGACGCUUGAAAGAGAGUUGAGCGAGAGGAAUGGUCUUUUAAGGAGCGGUAGUGCUCAAGAUUCACAACAGAUUCGGCAGGAGAUUUCCAACCUGCGCGGUGAAAAGGACUCUCUACUCAAGCAAAGAGUGGAACUGGAUGAUAAGCUCAGGCAGGGUAACCUGCUCUCUCCUGAGGAAGAAAGAACCCUUUUCCAGUUGGAUGAAGCAAUUGAGGCUUUAGAUGCUGCCAUUGAGUACAAGAAUGAAGCUAUUACUCAAAGGCAGAGGCAGCUGAGGGCCUCGGCCAGCAUGCUCUCCCAGUGGGAGAUGAACCUCAUGGCUAAACUGAGCUACCUGUCUGCCUCUGAGACAAGAGCUCUGCUGUGCAAGUACUUUGACAAGGUGGUGUCGCUACGUGAAGAGGAGCGAAGGCUUCAACUUUCCUUUGCUGAACUUGAAAUGCAGCUGGAUGAGCAGCAGCGGCUGGUGCAGUGGUUGGAGAAUGCUCUUGAUCGAACUCAGCUGGACACAGACCGCCGCCUCACACAACAACAGAAGGAGCAUGAGCAAAGUGUGCAGCUCCUGCUGCAGCAGUGUCGAGAACAAAUGGACGAAGGUCUGGCUGGUCGUCAGCGACAGUACGAGGGCUGGAUCCACAACCUCAACAAAGAGUUGAACCACUACAAGACCGUAAAUCUGGAUCUAGGCAACAAACUAAGGGAAAUGUGUUCAAUUAGAGAAACAAAAGUGUUUGGAUUGGAACCACCAGGUUCAGGAAGCACCAGAUGUGUGGAUGACAGUUCAAUAGGCAGAGGCUCAGUACAGUCAGAAAAAUCUCCUAAAUCUCGUGAUGAAAAGAGGGAGUUGGUAAAUACGCCUCUGCCAUCCACAUGGCGGCGCUCUUCACUGCCUACAGAGGAACCAGCUGCACUGGAGGAGCUGUGGCUCCCAGCAGCAGGAGAUGCUCCUGUGAACCGCGUGGUUCAAACCGGACCCUGGACUGGAGCCUCUUUACCUGUGGUCAAGUCUCGCAGAGAGUCCAGACGCUCCAGUCUCAAUGUUGGACCAAUGUCUUCAAACAACUCCAUCAUUGAUGUUCGGAGAAACCCGCUCUAA